CCUGCCCAGCCCAUCACAUAUCUGAAGGUAACGAUAACACUAAACCCUGCAAGUCUGAGGAGCAGAAGAAGAAAAUCGCGAUGACGGAAAGGGAAGAGGAUAGCGACCUCGACGCCCCUGAGGAAUUUACUGCCAUUCAGGGCAUUGAGCAGGACGAGCAAAUCAGAAAAGUGGAAAGAGAUAACAAGUCCAGAGUCGUUCGUGAAGCAAAAGAACGCCGCAGAAAAUGGGCUGAGAAGUUAACUCCACGGCCUAAACAUAACAAAAAAAGCAAUAAGGAUGCAACGGAAUCUGAAGUGCCUCCCGAGGAGCCUGAAGAUGCUACUACCAGAGGAGGAAUGCUGCCCGAUAGCAUUGUACAACUGCUGGUGGCUCGGGAAAAAAAAGUUUUCAUAUCGGACUCAGAAGAAGAAGAGGCACCUCAAAAAAGGCCUGCUUCAGAAAAGAAAAGGCCAAAGAGAUCCGGGCUAAAACAUGUUAUUAUGAUGAAAGAGAUACCGCCUCCUCAGUGCAUAGAGAAGUCGAUGGAUUUCUUGAAGAAAAGGAAGAUGCAGGUUCAAAGAUCAUCUGCUGUUUUGAACAAUUCAAAUCAAGCACUGCGCCUUCUUUCUUCAACUGGCUUGCUUUCCAGUAACAAACGAUGAGUCACACAUUAUUGUACUACCUGCUCUCAAUUAACAUGCAUUGAGGUGGUGAGAAUUUGUACUGACUUUUUUCUGUCAAGAAAGUGAUCUGUGUGAACUAUCAUUUUUGGUGCUAAUUGAUUUGUUAUAUAGUAAAUCCAUUAUCAUUAUCAUUUGACGCAAGUGCUUUUGGUAACCGUUUUUUACUUGUCCGCUUUAUUAGUCAUGUUCUUUUACGUAUCACUACUUGUUUAACUUCU